AUGUCUCAAGGUGGAAGUUAUGGUUCUCGCGGCGGUGGCUACUCCGGCGGGUAUGACCGUGGCAACAGCUACUCCAACGGAUAUGGGAGAUCUUCAAACGGAUAUGGCGGCGGCGGAAACUCGAAUGGCUAUGGUGGCGGUGGCGGUGGCGGCGGCGGUGGUGACCGCAUGUCCAACCUCGGUGCUGGCCUACAAAAGCAGGAAUGGGAUAUGAGCACUGUUUCCAAGUUUGAGAAAGACUUCUAUAAGGAGCAUCCUACCGUGGCUGAGCGAUCUGCCGCCGAAGUCGAGAAAUUUCGACGAGAGCACGCUAUGGCUGUAACCGGCCGGGAUGUCCCUAAGCCUGUGGAAACCUUCGACGAGGCGGGUUUCCCACGCUACGUCAUCGAUGAAGUGAAGGCUCAAGGUUUCCCCGCCCCCACAGCUAUCCAGUCUCAGGGCUGGCCUAUGGCUCUUUCUGGUCGUGACGUCGUCGGAAUUGCCGAAACUGGUUCUGGAAAAACGCUUACAUACUGCCUUCCCUCCAUCGUGCACAUCAACGCGCAGCCCCUUCUGGCACCUGGAGACGGCCCCAUUGUUCUGGUUCUGGCACCUACUCGUGAGCUUGCUGUUCAGAUCCAGCAAGAGAUCACCAAGUUCGGAAAGUCCUCUCGUAUCCGCAACACCUGCGUUUACGGUGGUGUCCCCAAGGGCCCUCAGAUUAGAGAUUUGUCUCGUGGAGUGGAGGUGUGCAUUGCAACUCCGGGACGGCUGAUCGAUAUGCUUGAGUCUGGCCGGACAAACCUUCGCCGCGUCACGUAUCUGGUUCUCGAUGAAGCCGACCGCAUGUUGGACAUGGGGUUCGAACCGCAGAUUCGCAAAAUUCUGUCCCAGAUCCGUCCUGACCGACAGACACUGAUGUGGUCGGCUACGUGGCCCAAGGAAGUGCGCAACCUUGCGGCAGAUUUCCUGACAGACUUCAUUCAGGUCAACAUUGGAUCUCUGGACCUGUCUGCGAACCAUCGCAUCACCCAGAUCGUCGAAGUUGUCUCCGAGGGCGACAAGCGUGAUCGCAUGCUGAAGCACCUCGAGAAGGUGAUGGACGACAAGGAAAAGGAGAACAAGGUUCUUAUUUUCACUGGAACAAAGCGGGUUGCCGACGAUAUCACUCGGCUACUCCGACAAGAUGGCUGGCCGGCUCUGUCUAUUCACGGCGACAAGCAGCAAAACGAACGAGACUGGGUUUUGGAUCAAUUCAAAACCGGCAAGUCUCCUAUCAUGGUUGCCACUGAUGUGGCUUCCCGUGGUAUUGACGUGCGCAAUAUCACCCACGUCAUCAAUUAUGACUAUCCCAACAACUCGGAGGACUAUAUUCAUCGUAUCGGCCGAACGGGUCGUGCCGGUGCCAACGGAACCGCCAUCACUCUCUUCACAACUGACAAUGCGAAGCAGGCUCGUGAUCUCGUGUCGGUUCUCCAAGAGGCUAAGCAGCAGAUUGACCCUCGGCUAGCCGAGAUGGCAAGAUACGGCGGUGGCGGCGGCGGCGGCCGGUACGGUGGCUACCGGGGCCGCGGUGGUGGUGGAGGCAACCGAGGUGGUGCUAAUUCCUUGCCGAUCAACAACCGACGCUGGUAA